UAACGUUUCAGGUCAGUGUAGAAUGUCAUGACAAUAGGUAUGUGCCGGUUGCUGGUGUCAGGACUUCUGUGGGGUAGCUACGCCUGUCUCGUUUACAGCUCUGAGGAGUGUCCCAUAGGGACAUACAGGGACUUUGGUUCUGGAAACUGUGACCCAUGUUCAGAUAUAUGCCAGUAUAUGAAGAUAAAGGGAACUGAAGACGACUGCCGGAAAUACUGUCCCGAUGCCUACACACUGAACCUUGCGAGUGAAUCGAAAGUUGGCAAUAAAGAUUGGACCAAGAAGACAACAGGCGACGAGGGAAGCAUUCUCCCUGUAGUACUCCCUGUGUUAGCAGCAGUAGUGGUGGUCAGUGUGGUGAUCGGGAUCGUCGUUUACCGUCGUCGGCGUGUCAGUCGCAGACAAAGACCUAUUCAACCUAUUCACGAUGACACACUGGUAGAACUUCCUUCAAUUCAAUGCACUGAAGAAUCCGACAGCAGCUUCCAUGUAGUUCCAAUAGAGGAACAACAGUUACCGCUACCAGCAGAAGAGGAAACCAAAUUUCCCACGGCAUUCUCUGAUCUCCCCUACAGUGCAAGAUAUGACACUACUCAGCACGGAUCGUACUGACCCAGAGGGUUUUACUGCUUGUGUAUUGGUGUAUUGACAUCUCCACAGAAUUUCGGUGGCUAGAUGAUCACUAGUAUAGCCUGACUGUCCUGUCCUGUGUGCCAAGGAGUGAAGAUCGAGAGUUUCCUGGCAUGCACCUUGAUGCUAAGGAGACGAAUUCAUAAUGAUAUCACCUGAUGCAUGGCAUUGCCAUACAUUGAGAGAAAAGACUAUAUUGAGUCAUAUUGUCUUAUUGGUGGAACAAAGACACAGUCCUUUACAAGAUGGCAUGUCGUAGAGCCUGCCUUAUUAUUAUUCCGAUUAUUGAAUGGGGAUGUAUUCUCGUGUCACACGUCUUUAGAAGGUCUGAAUGAGGAGGUCGGUGACCUGAUGCUGAUAAAAACGCAGCAAAUGGUCCUGCUUGUAGUCAGCGUGUGUGCGGCAUGGGUUGACACUAAGUGGUGCACGGCAAGGCAGCACAAUCAGUUGAAUGUGUAUAUAAGACCGUCUGUCAAAUCGUCUCAGGUAUAGUUCACGACAUUGCCAUUGUCAUUUUUGAAUAUUGUCGUUUGAAUAUGAACAGAUGUAGUGUGACAAAUAUGUAUAGGAACAAAAGAAGUUUCCUAACCUAACAGUGUAUCAUUGGCAUGUCUGAUCUAGUUUGGAGGUGAGGUUUUAUAUCUGAACACACGAUUGAUGAAUGAAGAAACAAGUGAUAAAUUUACAUAGCAUUUUUCGUUAUAACUCUGUCUUACUUGAAGGUAUCUGCAAAUUAAACAUACAUAUACCCCUCAAACAGAAAGUUGUGUAAAAGAUGGUUUGUUUCCUUUACCUAGUAGUGAGUCAUUACAUUGAUGGUGUCGAUGAGAGUGUAGGUGUAUCGGUAUCAUGACGUCACAACUUACAACUAAAAACUACCCGUGAAUAUCCGGGUAAGAACUGAUCCUCAGCAACUCAUGCUUGUGGCAAGAGGCGACAAACGGAAUCAGGUGGUCAGGUUCGCUGACUUGAUUGAAAUAUGUAGAAGCAUUCCAGUUGCGUAGUUCGAUUAUGAGGAUGUCAAUCACUGGAUUGUUUGACCCACUCUCGAUUGUUUGCAUACCACCGUCAUACAGUUGGAGAAUGGCUAAACAUUAUAUUUACAUUGAUAUAAGUAGUUAAACAUCUGAUUGUAUCUGACAUACAAUCAUAACAUACAAUAUCAUGCUAGAUUAAUGUUCUCGGACAUCACGAUUGAUAAAUCCCGAGACAUCUGGAGAAAUGUACACACCAAUACGAGAGAUAUCUCUGUAAGAUAAACACGGGUGUUAUCAGACUUACAAAUACAGAGAGAGGUUCUGAAUAAUGCCUAUAUUUGUACUAGUUACCAUGGCAAUAAAACCGAUUUGUUUUCUAUA